AUGUCACUUUACGCUAGGAGACGGUCCAGCUCGAAAUCUUAACCCGAGCGCUAAUCUAUAUACUAGGAAUUCAGAGAUUUUGAAUUCAAUGAGAAUCUUAAUAUAACAUAUGACAAUCAUACCAAUGAGUAACCUAGUUAAUCAAUAAAGUAUGUGGAACACAAGAAGUAUAAGAUAAACAGAUACUACAUGACAAAAUUCAUGACUGUAGUAUUCCUUGUUGGAAUGUAAAUUGGCUUUAUAAUACAUACUAUGGGAAUUCUCAUAGAUGUUUUCAUGCAGAAAUUCGGACUUGAUACCUCAUACAAGAACUAUUAUGCUUCGAUGUUUGGUUUUAUGGACAUGAUUGGAGCAGCGCUUGGAUCUUUAGCAGCAGGCAAGCUAAUGACGAUGGGAAGGAAAACAAGUUUAUAAAUAGGUACUUUUGUAGGAGUUAUUGGUACCCUAUUUUUCUAAUUCACAAUGAUUCAAGCACUUUAUUUCGGUAAAUUUCUUAAUGGAUUCGGCGUUGGAGUAUAUGCUGUAACAAUAUUAAGAUACAUAGAUGAGACAAUUCCCUAUCAUUUGUUCGACUUACUUUCCCCUUUAUUAAUGGUUGGAAUUUCAUUUGCUAGACUUACAACUUUCAUUUUUUACGCAAUUUUGAAUCCAGAUAAUUUGAAUGAAUAAAUGGUGGAGGAGCACUAUAUGAGAUCAGAAGCUUGGAGAAUAAUAGUAGCAUUUCCUCUAAUGCUGUACAUUGUCAUAGCAUUAGGUGUUCAUUUCGGAAUUGAGCAUGAUACUCCAAAGUUUGCAAUAAUCAAUGCUAAAUAUAACUAGGGAAGGAGAACUGUAAAAGAUAUCUACCAUCAUACUGAAGAUCCAGAUUAAGUUAUCUCAUUCUUGAAGAAACAUUAAAAUAAGUAUCCUGAUAAGGCAACACUAAGAUAAAAUUUUGGUUCAAAAGAGCAUUAGUAAACCACAAUUAUUCUCAGUCUAAUAAUGAUGUUUCAUCAGCUUUCAGGUAUAUAUGUAGUGCAUCUCUAUCAAGGUAGAAUCCAUAGGCAUUUAUACAGCACUCAUGAGUCAUAAUUAUCAGCAUUUCAAGCUUUGAUUUUGCUAGGAAUAUUUGGAUUUUGCAGUUGUGUCUACACUGUAUACUUCAUGAGAAAGUAUCCUAAGAAUAUUCAAAUAGUAACAGGGCAUAUCAUAAUGGCUAUUAUACAUGCUAUAUUAGCUAUGGGAUCUGCCAAUUAAUCAGAUGAAGUAGUCGUAAUUUUCCUACUUGUAUUUGUGAUAUUUUACUCGAUAUUUAAUUAUGCUGUUGUGUGGACAUAUGUGGCAGAGGUAUCAAAUAAUAUGUAACUUGCUUUUGCCUUUUUUAUUUACUGGUUGUUUUACGGAUUAGUUGGAGCUUUGAAUCCCUCUUUCACAAGGUAUAUUGAACCAUAAGGAGUAUUUAUGGUACACUUCCUUAUACAAAUUCUAGCUUUGAUAUUCGCUGUUCUUAAAUUGAAAAGUACUUAUGGAAUGUUUGAUUAUUAGAAAAAGACUGUGCUCUAGAGCCAACCAGAUGAAAAAGGUAAAAAUUAAUUAUCUGUCAAAGAUAUAAAUGAAGCAGACACUAAACUAAAGAAGAAAAUAUCUUUAGGACCAGUGUCCUUUUGA